AUGCCCGGUCCGUUCACGUUGCUCCCACGGGACGCGAUAGGCUCCAAACGACAUCAUAGCCAACAAAAUGAUCCUGUCAGUUCAGCGUUGUUUCCUAUGGACUUGACUCCUCAUGAACCACCUAUCAAACGUGAUGCGGAGCCACUUAUUUCGGACAGUGUUGCAGUAGUCGCCGCGGCGGCGGCUGCAGCAGCUGCUGCUGCUGCCGUGGUGUCCCAAUCAACGGCACCCACGGGAACCAUACCGGGUGUAGUUUCACGUAAAUCCAGUACCGGAUCAAUGGUGGCCGCUCUGAAUUGA